UAGAAAAAUAGUUUAAUGGGAGUUUGAACGAGUGCAUGAAAUGAAGACCUUAAGAGCUAUGGACAAGAUGAGUUGGACAGACUUAGGAUCAGACUAAAACGGUCAGGCAGGAAGCCAACAGGCCAGUUUAAAAAGUCCAGGCGUAGAAGGUCAAUAGAUGACAAAUCCAACGUUAUUUUCAGCAUCAAAUAAGAAUAGUGAUUCACCUAAAGGGGUUGUUGAUUACUCUCAUGAUGGAGAGAGCGAGGACACUCUUAGCAGCAUGGCUGAGCAACUUAACCUUGAGGUAAAACACAUAAAUGGGUGCAGAAUAUACCUUCAUAAUGACUCAAGGCUUCUUUUGGAUGCUAAAUCACUUGAAAUGAUUAGUAUUGGAAAAUUCCGAUUAUUCAAUGUAUUUAAAGAGAUUAGCACUAUUAAGACUGUCAUUAUUACUAGCUGUAACUUUAAAAAUCAUAGUAAAACUCUUUGUAAGAUAAUCAAGGAUAUUAUGGUAUCUCAUCUUCAAAUCCAAAUAGUUGGUUGUGACUUGCCAAAGAAACUUCGCAAACAAGAUCUUAAUCUCUUAAAAAUCAAUGCAAAAGAGCACAAGCUAGAUUCAUUGAUCAUCAGAGACUGAGAAAUCGGUAGGAAACAGCAUCAGUGACUAAAAGAGCUUAUGGUUGCCACUGGCUCAUGUGAAGACAAUGGAUUCAGCAUCUUUGAUGGUUGGGGUCGUUGAGCAACUCUCUAACUUUAUCACCGUUCUUAUCUAAGCUGAUCGUUAAUUUCUAUUGGAUCUUGGCGAGUCCUUUAAUUAUAUGAAGAUUAUCUACAAUGUUCAAUG